UACCCCAAGGUACUGUCACCAUGCUGUCCUGUGCCCUCUUCUACCUUUUGGCUGUGGUCUGCGCUGCAAGGAGAAAUCACGCUUCACCGCUGUACACUGGCACAAACUUAGUGCCCCAGGAAGAUGUGAACCAGAUUCUGGAGGUGGAAAUGGAAGAGAGGGGGAAUAAUGAGGCGGGGGACCAGAGGGUGGUCAAAGACAUGUCCCCCUACCUGCUACCACUGGAGAGGGACAGGGACACCUGGGCUAAAGGUGUUAAAGAUCCUUUACAACAGGAGAAAAUGAGCAACAUGGUGGAUUAUAUUAAGGCAGCUGUUGUGAAGCUGGCUGCGGCGGACAACCUCCGCUCCCAGGGCUUCCGUCGGUCCGAGGGUUCACCCAAGACCAACAAGAGGGCUUGCUUCUGGAAAUACUGUGUAACAAACUAACGGCCGUCCACUCUACUGAAGACAGAAAAGCAGCCAAGCCCUGGACAAGCACUCUGUGUCCUCUCCGCCCGUCUCCAAUCCACUCCCUUCUCCCGCCCCACCCUUGUGUUCCACAUUAAAGGCUCAUCACUCAGAUCAAAGGCAAUGUGUACAUCAUUUUGUACAAAGGAAUAAAACUAUAUAUCGAAUAAAAA